UUUCGCUUUCAUCAAUAGUCGGGAUGGGUCUUAUUUUUAGUCGCGUCGCUUCCACCAUCUAUCUCUACGGCAUUGUAGGUCCAACCACGUUUUCACCAGUUGAAAGUGCACCAUGGCCGACGACAGCGACUCGAAAGGGAUGAUUGCGCAAGAGGAGCGCGAGUUGAGGAGGGUGUUUGAGCACUUGGCGGGGUACCGCCAAAAGAAGAAGCUCAGCCACCUCGUCACGACGCUAAAGGAGCGUAAGGGCCAGCUCGAGUUCAGCAACUCCAACUUCAGUAGCAACAGCGCGCCUAUUUUUGACGCGACGGGCAAGAAGAUGACGCAGGCCGAGAUCGUGCUCGAGCUACAAGAGAUCGAGGCCAGCAUCGACGCGAGCCACGCCGAGCUCCAGACGCUCAACUCGAACCAAGCUGCGACGACGUCUGUUCCCAAGAAUAUCAAGAGCGAAGACUUGUUCGAUGCGAUCAAAGCACUCGGCAAAGUGUGCUCGAAGAAAGAGAUCAGCGACAUGAUCUGGGAGGCCGACGAGAACCUGGACAACGCCGUCGACUGGGACGAGCUCCGGGGCAUGUUCAACCGCAACCUCCUCGACAAAACUGAGCUGGAACCCGUAAACUUGUUCAACGUCGUGCAGUUCAUGACGUACGACAAGAAAAUGUGCGGCACUAUCACCGCCGACGACACGAUGGCCAUCCUGUUUGCCAGGUAUGGCCAGUCGCAGCUCGAAACCAAGAUGAAGACGCUGUUUGGCGACAGCGAUGAACUCAGCUUCGUCAACUACCUCGACCGCGUCGGAAAGCAGCGCAAGCCCAGUGCCGCGAAACAUUGACACGCAUGUAUGCUUGGACGACUACACCAUGUCGCUGUUGCCAUCACCGAUGCUGCCCAAAGCAGUCGCAUAGUCUCAAGAGUGAAAGGGGUGCAGAGGACGCUUAGACUUCGACUGGUAACAUGAGAUAUUUUUAAUCAAUGCGACGUUUCGU